GUUAAAAUGUCAUCUGUCAAGGUGAAGGUGGUCAAUUGUCUAACCCUAAAAAUUGACCCUAACCUACAAAUGUAACUGGCUUUUUCAAGCUCGUAGUUUUACCGGCUUUUCAUACCGUCUACUCUGUUAUAAAAGGAGUAUUUGUAUAAAAAUAUUGUAAAUUAUCAACACAACUAAUAAAUCUACCUACAACAGCUCGAGCCAGUGAUAAAAUGCUCUCAAAUUGUUCCAAUCAUUAAAAAGUGAGGUCUGUUUACAUGCUUCAGUUUUCCUUCAAACCAGAAAAUAUUCAGUAAACAUGACUGAAUUCACGCUGAGCUAUAGAGAAAUUAUACCAGACCAGACUGCUUUGGACAGUUGGAAGGAAAUAACAUUAACAACAGGGGGUACGCAGAGUACUUUGCAAGACAUAAAAGUCGCAGAACGUGCAAAUGGGUUCUGUUACGAAAAUUCCAAGAAGCAUUAUACUAGAAAUCGAUUCAUAUAUUGGAGAAUAAACUAUGAUGUUCUGGAGUUGGUAGAACACAGUUUGGAUAUAAAUUUGACCAACAAUAGGGUCCGCUACAAAUUCACAGACACACCUAUUUUAGAUGGGGUGUCCAUACAUGAAACCUAUGAAAAUAUUGUAAUCUUGGUGCCUACAGUUUGCAGUGUUCAUUGUUUGGUGUUUCCACAUCCAGAAAGAUUCCACAAGCAGGACGAAUUGUUGGGUAGCCAUCCUGACCUAGCAGCACCAUCAAUAUUUUCAAAGGCAUCUCCAGUUGAAGCAAGGAAUCCUAACACAUUUUACUUGUUUAGCACACCUAGCACAGCAGCUGACCAGUUGCCUUGUAUGGCAAGUAGCUACCUGUCACCAGCUGAAGAGGCAUUUUUUGUGCUUGCCUAUCCUUCAAAAGAGCUACUUUUGAUCAGACAAAAUCCUCACACUGGUAAUGCAGCAGCUACUGAGCUUAAGGCAGAUUCUUCGCUCAUGCCUAGGUUCCUUAGUGGCCUAGCUGAGAAAUUCAGGCAAAGAAACACUGAUGGUGAGAGUAUAGUAAGUCUCUUAUUCUUUGUGAGUGAAUAUGAGGUAUAUGUGGUGACACUGUGCAGAGAAGGCCGUCUCAUGUUUUGGUCUUGUUCCAAAGGGCAGUGUGUUGCUAUUGUUGAUGUUGCCGCAGAAACUGGGGAUUAUUCUAGGGACCAAGUACAAUCUGCUAUAUUAAGGAAGGCGGUAGAUAACAAAUCUACAACAGACAGCAUCCUAGCUGUUUUCAUUAAUUUCUCAUCUGGUUGUCAGUUUCAUAUCUUUUCUAUCCCUGAAAUCAAUGGCCAGCAAAUCAGGAUUCAACGUAUCAAGACCUUGUUACCACCUGAGACGGACCUGAUAGACUUUGCAUUACAAUCGAACCGCCUGUGGUCUCUAUGGCGGUGCGAAGACGGUGGUACUGCAGCGUAUUGCAGCAGCUUGAGAGGGGAAGGGGUGGGAUCCGGAUGGGCCCCGGUCGCUCUGGAACCACCCCCUGAUGCUGACAGGCCACCUCAAGCUGCGGAAGGUACAGUUGCCGAUCCCAGACAGCUGUACCUGCAUCAUAUCUUUCAACCAGGAAGGUUCCCUAAGCACAUCAUCACUAAGGCUUUGUCGAUUUACAAACGUUCGACUGUUCUUUCUGACACACCCCUGUCAAGUGCAAUGUUGAGACAACGAAUCUGCUUGGCCGUUGAAAACGAGAUCCAGUCUACACUCGGCGGUCAAGUGGUCAAUGAUGAUGAGUACUUAGACGCCGCAGAAUGGUGUUGGAAUAAAUUCUACUCAUGUUGUGUACAAUAUCACAUUGCUAGCUUGAAACCUUUAGGUUUGAUGCUGUUGCCUUCCGUAUCAGCUGCCAUAUUCCUCAAGAAAUCAUCCUUUUCAUUCCUUAGACCUGUCGAUCCUUUGGAACAUAUGAUGCUGUGCGCUGAUGACGUCUAUCAGGACCAGUUUAUUAACUUUGCCAUGCUAUCUGAAGAUCCAGAAACGGUGUCAGACGUUUUGAAGCUCUUUGAAGUAAUAGUUUAUUUGGAUCAGCAGAUGAGCGAAACCUUUUUCCAAACUUUCGAAAAGGAACUGGCCGCUCUCCAGAUGCCAGACGCUGUCAUGGAGACUCUGCUCAAGAAAAUAUCGCUGGAGAUGGACAGCCAGUUCACAUCUCACAUUCUGGAGUUGUUGAACAAAAUCUCUGAUCUGUACAACGCGAUUAACAAAGUUUUGGAAUUGGUUCAAUUCGGCGGAACAUCUGUGGCCUCGGAAGACGGGGAAGAUGGACAGUUUCACAUCAACCAAUCAGCAAUGCACUUCUUCAGCUCGCAACUUGGAGUCUCCGUUGCGGCUGGAUGUUUGAGGCAGCAGGCGCAAGUGCGUUUUCAGAUAUGUCGAAACCUGCUCUUGAUCUGCAACAUCGUGUUAAGCGAAGUUCGUUUGGAGUUGCACGUUCUCGAAGCUGUGCGGUCUGUUUGUACACCCGAAAUCGUCGUUUUGACGCAAUCUGCUUAUGUCAUGUUGUGGAUCACCGGCCUUUCUGCACAACUCAAUGUACCACAGGAGAGCGCUUUGCAGCGUUUGACACCUUUGAAACUACAGCCUGUUGCUUUGGUACGUUCAUCUCCCUCGAGCGGGAGCGGUCCGGCUUCCCUUCUGGAAAUUUUCAUCGCUUCAACUGCUGGACAUGAGGCGAGACGAGCAUUCGCCAAAUCGCCAGCUGUCAACCUACAUCCGUCCGCAUAUUUGGCGCAUUGGCAUUUGUCGUUAUUGCCAUAUCUGAACUACCUCAGGCUUUCUAUAUGGCCAAUAAGUGAAGGUACCGUAUUUGCAGAAUGGUUACUGAGUACCGGGCAACAUCUGUGGCUUCAACAGUACGUUCGAUUGUUGAGCAACUGGUGUGAGUGGAACAUCUGCACGCGGAGUUUCUUGCUGGCCGCAUCGUUUCUAACAAGCGGCGAGAACUACAAGGCACAGGACCUAUUUGAAACCGCCAUAAAAGGGGUCCUAACAGAGCAAUUUUUGCAGAAAAGGAUCCUGAUUGGUUGUGAGGAUGAUCCGAAUAGGGCCUACGUCAAUUACUAUUUGAAAGUGAUUCAACUAUUCGAACUACACAAAGCCAAAGAUUGUGCCAUCAACAUUGCGAAUGUUGCCUUAAGUAUCGUCACUCCCGGGGAUCCUAUGGCCGCGACAUUGUAUUCCAUCAAGUUCAAGCACCACCUGUCUCUAAAGCACUACGCACAAGCCUUCGAUUCGCUAACUUCAAACCCUGCUGAAGAGCGACGCAGGGAUAACCUCCGAGAGCUGGUCAAGCAGCUCGUGGAGGAACGGCGGUUGGAUACGUUGCUGUCCUUCACAUACGCCAACAUGGAAGACCUUUUCACAGGGAUUUUGUUGUCCAGGGCGAGAGCGGCUGAUCCUCUUACCGAUGCUGAUACAUUUUAUAAUUUCUUGUAUUCGUAUCAAAUCAAUCGGGGACCGCUCAACUUCCGCUUAGCUGCAUCUGUGAUGUACGAGCAUGCCUUCCGAUUGUCAAGCUAUAACGAUCAGAAUGUAGAAGCGUUGGAGAAACAAGUUAAGUGUUACCUAGCUGCCAAGAACGUCCUUUCACUAUGUAGUCCUGAACACGCUUGGGUGGUCAGACCCACGGAUCCGGACGAGGAAAUGGUUGAGGUCAUGCUUCCACCGAGGGCGGGUUCCAAUCAGGAGGCAGAAGUUUUUAGAUUGAAAAGACAAGUCGAGGUUGUGAAUAUAGACACAAUCAAGAAGGAACUACUUUUUGCUGAUGCCAAAUUGAAAUUGUGCAGAUACAAUAUGUCUUCGCCUGCCAGUAUCACGAGUCCUAUUGAGUUGGUGGGUAUGCUGAACAUAUCUGGAUUAUUCAAGACGGCACUUGAAGUAUGUACAGCCUUCCAACUAUCGUACUGCAGCGUAUUUGAAACUCUUACCAAGCACUGCGUUAGUCUAACAUUAGCGGAUGGAGAAUAUGACCAGCCUAAUACCUGGGAGUGGCUGGUAGAAAACGAUUUACAAGAUUUGCCGGUGAACAGGGACAACAUCGCCGACAUCGUUUGGAAAUUAUUACAGGAUUAUCUGUCAAAGUACGAAAAACCGAAUAUGACAGAGCUACAUCGUGCCGUUUGCUCCAAAAUUAUCCAGAUGGGAGUAUUUUUGCCAUAUUGGCUCAUUGUCUCGUACAAGUUGCGUAAUCCAUCGGAAUUACUACGUCUUCUACAUGCUUCUGGUCGCUUGGAAGAGGCCUCAGAACUAGCGCGUGAGCUCCUGUUGGCCGCGCUGGGCUACGGCAAAGAGUACUUCGACUUCGAGAAGCCCCUCAGUCACUCUGCUACAUCUUUCGCGUUGCCUGUACACGCCCUUAGGGCCCUUGUUCAGGAGCUACAUAUGCACAACGAAAUGGCUGGACAGGAGAAGGAUGAAGAGCCUCCGUUUAUCAAGGAGUACAACUUACUGAAAGAACUUCUAGGAAAGUACAUGGAGACCGCCCUCAGGGCUACCCAACAAUCGUCUGGGGACUGGAGCACGAUGGGUCAAAUGAAGACCACCCCACUUCAGAUUUCUUGAGUUUAAAAAAUAUCUAUUUUGUAUUGUCGAUUUUAAUUUUUAUAAAUAAAUCAUCUUGAGAAAAUA